AUUUUGAUGCUUUUGUUGGGGAUACUCCCAGAUUAGACACCAGUGCCCACAAAGCAAAAGCUCAGCUUGCUUUGAAAGUGAAACGCCAGCCACCUUCUCGAUCAAAGCUGAAAGAAUCUCUUGGGGGUGGACAACAGACUGCAAAUCUACAGGAUGAGGAUUCAGAAGACGGUGUUCUCAACAGAGAGUCUUCCGCUAUGUACCUAACUAAGACCUUAGAAACAAGUGGAAAAUUACCUCUCCCAUGCCUGGAUGAUGCAGAUCGAAAGUGUGAAAAGCCUGAGAAAAGAGAAAGCACAGAAAGUCCUCUAGAGUCAAGUCCUUCUGCUUCCACACACUCUUCACCAGUACACAAACCAAACAAUGAAAAUAGCACAGCCGCCACUCGCUCACCUCCUCCUGAAGGGAUGACUCCAAAUUCUCCUCAAGGGUAUCUCAAGAAUGUUAAGCAAAAAGAAACAAAAGGGAAAGGGAAAGAAACCAAGGGUAAGAUUUAAGAGUUUAUUUUUAUU